GAAAGUGACAUGAAUUGAGUGAGGUUAUAUAACCCGUAGAUAUUUUUUUUGUUAGUUUAGUUUAUUCAUAAGAAAAGGGCAAAGGAAGUCUAUAUAGUAAUCGUCUUUAACUCUGUCAAUGUCAAUAAAUGACAUCAACAUUCGUGAAAAAUAAGUGGAAAGUCGCCCGCUCGUAGGAGUCGUAGGUAUCUAACUACCUAGUCGGUUUGCGGUCGGCCGGCAUAGGUACUCACUCGGCAUUUUUCAAUUGCAAUCGUAUAGCUUUGGCCAAUUUGAAAUAAUUUAUUUAUUGUUUUUGUUUAGCAUUAAUAAGUUUUAAAUAAUCCCUAAUAUAAAGCCGGAACACAAUGGCAUCACCAUCUCCAAAAUCACCGGAACAAAGCGAGAAGAAUAAGCAAUAUGAUCGUCAACUCCGCUUGUGGGGUGAUCACGGACAAUUAGCCCUUGAAAGUUCUCAUAUUUGUUUAAUAAAUGCAUCAGCUUUGGGUACAGAGAUUCUUAAAUCUAUUGUCUUACCUGGUGUUGGUGCUAUUACAAUUGUAGAUGAUGCUACAGUGAGUGAGGAAGAUAUUGGAUGUAACUUUUUCUUAGAAUGCUCCAGCAAGGGCUUAAAUAGAGGAUCAGAAGCUUUACGCCUUCUACUGGAACUCAAUUCAUCUGUACAAGGUCACGCCGUACAAGAGCCUCCGGACCAAAUACUUACAGAUAAUCCAGAAUUCUUUAAGGCAUUUAGUGUAGUUAUAGGAACAGGUCUUGGAGAAAAGACUAUCCAAUCUUUGGCACAACAUUUGUGGGAUAUAAAUAUUCCCUUCAUUUUAUGUCGUUCUGUGGGUUUCUUGGGAUCAUUUAGGAUACAAGUCAAAGAGCAUGCUGUUGUUGAAAGUCAUCCUGACAAUGAACAACCAGAUUUACGGUUAGAUGUACCAUUUCAUGCACUUUCUGAAUAUUUAAAUAGUUUUGAUAUUGAAACUGUUGAUUUGAAAGAUCAUGGCCAUAUACCUUGGAUUGUAAUUCUUUAUAAAGCAAUACAAAAAUGGCAAAUUAGGAAUCCUAACAGCUGGCCAAUGAGUAGGAAAGAGAAAGCAGAAAUCAAAACAUUGAUUGAAGAAUUUAUAAGAAAAGAUGAGAAUGGUGUACCAAUAAAUGAAGAAAAUUUUGAAGAAGCCCUAAAGGCUGUGAACACUGCAUUAGUGCCAACAUUUUUGCCUGUAAAAAUUCAGGAACUUUUAUACAGCAGUGCUGCCACUAAUUUGACUAAGGAGAGUGCUCCAUUCUGGAUAAUGUGUUCAGCACUGAGAAGCUUCAUCGAAGCCGAAGGGAAAGGCAAGUUGCCAGUGAGGGGCGUGCUGCCAGACAUGACUGCCUCCACGGAACAUUAUAUCAAAUUACAAAACAUCUACCGAGUACAAGCUGCAAUGGAUGCCGAAGUAGUUUACAGAAAAGUCCAACAAAUUGUUUCUCAACUUCACUGUGAUAGCAUUAGCGAGAGUGAGGUUAAACUGUUCUGCCGCCAUGCCAAUGAUUUGCACUUGAUCAAAGGUUCCAAUAUAGCAACUGAGUACCAACUGACAGGUUCAGUACCUACUUACAUAGCAAGAUAUCUGGAAGAACCUGACGUGAUGAUGGUUCAUUAUGUACUGCUGAGGGCAGCAGAAAUAUUUAUCUCUGAACAUUGUAGGUCUCCUGGAGAUUGGGAAUCUGAAGCAGAUAUUGGGAAACUGAAAUCCUGUGUUUCAAAACUGCUCAGUGAUAUAUCUUGCAAUCCUUUCCCAAAAGAUGAUCAUAUUCAUGAAAUGUGUCGGUAUGGGGGUGCAGAAAUACAUAGUGUAUCAGCUUUUCUAGGAGGUUGUGUUGCACAUGAAGCUAUCAAGCUUGUGACAAGACAGUAUAAGCCAGUAAACAAUACCUUUAUUUAUGAUGGAGCAUCCACGAAUACUGCUACUUUUACAUUUUGAAUACUUGAAAUCUAUCAAUAAAUGUAAUUGAACAA